AUGAGGAGCAGAGUAACAGGUACGAUGCGCUGGGUCAAAUAUUUUAUGUUCUUUUUCAACGUCUUGUUCUGGAUAAGUGGUGUUGGCCUUGUGGUGUUAGGCUGUCUUGGGGAGCUUCUAUAUGGCGAUUACAAAAACAUCACACAAACAGGUUUCACCUCAGCCUCGUUUAUCCUUAUAGGAGUAGGAUCUGUAAUUGGUCUGCUCGGCUUUGCUGGUUGUUAUGGUGCAAUCAGAGAAAAUUACUUCAUGCUUAAGUGCUUCUCGUACUUGUUGGUCUUGCUGCUGAUCGCAGAAAUCGCGCUGGGCCUGUGGUUGUACUUUGCACAUUUCAAUCUACACAAAUUUCUUCAGGAUUUUCUCAGCAACAUCCUCAGCAAGUACGAAGAUGACAAGGAUAUGCGAGAACUAAUCAACAGAAUCCAGCGAGAACACGAGUGCUGUGGGUCAAAAAGCUACAAAGACUGGUACCAUUCAGAUUGGAACGCUCAACGCCAAAACAAGAGCGUGUACUAUUGGGUGAAUAAUGUACCGCAGUCGUGUUGUUUAUCAAACACAACACAUUUAGAGAGUUGUGGAAACGAUUUAGACACUGCCAGUAAACCAGCUGAGAAGUUUGUCCAUACCGAAGGCUGUCUGCGAUUAAAGGCGUUAUUCUCGAAACACUUGACCUUUAUGAUUUCUCUUGGCGCAGGGGUCAUGACAAUACACGUCCUGGCAAUUCUGUUUACGUGUUGCCUCAGGCGCGCAAUCAAACAUUCGAAUCUGCUACACCAGGGCGAUGGAAUCCUACUCAUUUCGACGUAA